GCUGUUUGAAAGAGCAGCGCGCGCAGCCCGGGCCUGCACGUAAGCAGGAAGAGAAGAUGGCGGCUGUUUUGGAGCACAGUCUCGUGGAGAUCUGCGGGUUCGGGCGGGAAGCAGAACGGCGGUUCCGAGAGGUCAUAGUGAGUCCAGGUGUUAGCGCUCCCUCCGGUGGGCUGAAGUUUCCAGACAGCGCUGGAGCUUUCCAUUAUGAAGAGAGCGGCAAGCUGCUGUCCGUCACCAGCAACCGCUUCGUCCACUGGUGGACGUCAGCGGACACGGUGCAGCUGGUGGAGGAGUCUCUGGACACCAACCUGCUGAAUAACGCCAUCAGACUGAAAUUCAGCUGCUGCAGCGUUCUGCCGGGCGGAGUCACCAUCCAGGAGACCCUAAACAACGUCGUCAUUCUCAUCUGCACCAAUCAGAGUGUCCACAGGCUGGUGCUUCCUCAUCCGGCGCGCAUGUACCGCAGCGAGCUGGUGACGGAGCGCCACAUGCAGUCCAUCUUCACCGACGUCAUGAAGCUGGACCUCCAGGACCCGGCCAGCUGCGCCCUGAUCCCCGGCUGGGCGGGGCACGCCGCCGUUCCCGGCGCUGUGGCGGCGUGGCUCAGCUUCCACGGAGACGCUCACUUCGCCCUGGGCUCGCCUGCAGGAGGCAUCACCGUGGUGACGCUGCCACCCCACGACUCGCAGGGCAGCGCGUCGGUAGUGGAGCUGAAGAGGAGCUCCGUGAUGAGGAGGAUCUCCGGCUGGAUGCCCACCGCCAUCCGGGGGGAGCAGAGUCCGCCGGACCGGGUUCUGAGCCUGGCGGUGCGGGAGGAGGAGGAGGAUUCGCUGAUCUUCGCUCUUUGUCAGGAUCACCGGCUGCGCAUGUGGUCGCUCACGGAGCAGUCGUGUCUCCUGGAGGCCGACAUGUUGGAGUACAUGCCGGCCUGUAAGGGCGUGAGGCGGCUGUCGGGUCAGGGGCACCGUCUGAGGCUGGCCUUCUCCCCCAGAACCGGUCUGUGUCUCUGCGUCUACCUGGCCGUCCCGCAGAGAGGACAGUUCAUCGUCCUGCAGCUCGUCGGCACAGACAACAGCCGCUACAGCCUGGAACACAUCUCCUCUCUCUUCAGCACUCAGGAAGCUCUGGUGGACUUCACCCUGACCCCGACAGACGUCUGGGCUCUGUGGGAGGACGAGUCCAACUCGGCUCUGGUCAAAUACAUCAACUUCGAACACAACACGGCGGGUCAGUGGAACCAGGUGUUUGUUCAGCCCCCGCCGGAGGAAGAAGUCUCCGUAGGGGUGGAUCUGGACCCCAGGGAGACCUACCUGGAGCUGCUCUUCUCUCCGCUGCGCUUCACUGCGUCGGCCAUCGUCAGAGCCCUGCAGAUCUUCCGACGCGGCUCUGAGAGGAUCCCGGAUGCGUCCUGGGAGAAUCUGAAGAAGGAGGUGACCCAGGCUGUGGAGAGCGAGCUGCAGAGCAGCGUCACAGAGUUCGAGUUUUCUCAGGAGGAGUACCGACAGCUGCAGGUGGAGUUCUGGUCCCGGUUCUACUCCUGCUGUCUGCAGUACCAGGAGGUGGAGUCCACGCCGCUGGGCCUGACGGUCUGCCAGCAAACCGGGAUGGCCUGCUUGCUCCGUAAGGGCUUCGUGUCGUUCCUGCUGCCGUGUUUCGCCGUGGAUCACCUGUACCUGUCCUACGAUCAGUACCUGCAGUCUGAGGAGGACACGCCCAUCAGCGACGACCCAGAUGUGGCCCGAGACGUCCUGCAGCUGGUCCGGACCCUGCGGCUCGUCAGCGACACCGUUUCUGCGGAGAUGGCGUACGAGAUGGAGAAAGCUCUGGAGUAUCUGCAGACGCCCGAGAGGGCCGCCGAGCUGGUCCUGGAGAACAUGGUGUGCAACGACAAGGACGGCGUGAUCGAAGACAUCCAGAACAAACUGCAGGACAUCCGGAACCCCUCGGUAGCCAUGAUGGCUCUGCUGAGGGAGCUGGACCUGGAGACCGACUCGGAGCUGGGUGGAGACGGGCCCGUCGCUCCAGGCCUGAGCGUCAGGAUGAGCCUGUCUCAGCUCUACGGCAGCAACUGUGCCGUCUCCGUCGUCUGCCAGGCCGUCUGCCACAUGGCCAUGACCCGGGCCCAGUUCUGCAGAGACCUGCUCAUACUGCAGAAACUCUACCUGCACUUCGGAGACAACGUGUUCCUGGGCGGGGGAGCCCAGCUGCUCCAGCUCCAGCAGGAUCUCAUUCCCCGGACCUCCCACCUCCUCUCCUCCUAUCACCUCCUCAAAGGCGUCAGUCAGAGCCUCGCCUCCUCCGUUCCCAUGGACGCCAUAGACGUGAACCUGCAGCACCUCACUGCGCUGGAGCUGUCGGACACGCCGAGCGUGUCGACGGGUCGAUCAGACAUCAGAACCGCCUGA